AUGCCGGGAGAGUUGAUUACUGAGCCAUCCCCAUUGUGCGGGAUCAGACCGACGGCCGACCUACUAGCUGAAUAUAUAUUCGUCGACGUUCUAGGGAAGGGAAAGUACGGCGUGGUGUGGAAAUGUAGGGAGCGCCGCACGGGCCACGAGUUCGCGUGCAAGCAGAUCGCCUUCCGCGCUCUCGAUAGCCGCGCCCUGAAAGUCGCGCUUCGAGAGAUCGACGUCCUUCAUCGCAUGCGCGGCGCGAAGCACGCAGUUUCACUUGAAUCGGUCUUCGGCGACGCGGCCUCGCUCUAUUUGAUCCUAGAGCUUUGUACAGGAGGGGACCUGCUAUCGCACAUCGAGCGGAAAGGCCGGCUGCCUGAGCACGAAGCGCGGCGGGUGUUCGCAUCCGUGGUUCGCGCGGUCGGGGAAUGCCACAUCCGCGGUAUAAUCCACCGUGACAUAAAGCCCGAAAACAUUCUCCUCUGCCCCGUCGCCCCCUCUAAGGCCAAGCCCCGGCGCGAUCCCCGCUCGCGCAACGCCGUCUCCGCGGAAUUCGCCCCCAAACUCGCGGAUUUCGGGCUGGCGAUUCCGCUGCGCGCGGACCAGCAGGUGGUGGGCUACGCGGGCAGCUUCCCCUACGAGGCGCCCGAGGUGGUGUCGCGCGCGCCGUACGACGGUUCCGCUGACGUGUGGAGCCUCGGCGUGCUGCUAUUCGCCAUGCUCACGGGGUCGUGGCCGGGAUUCCUGGAGGGCGACGCGGACAGGCGGCUGGAGCGCGCGGUGGACUGGCGCGCGGAGAGCUGGGCGGGGGUGUCAGCGCGCGCAAAGGCUCUGAUUACGCGCUUAAUGGCAGUGGUUCCGGAGGAACGGCCGAGCGCGGCUGAAAUUCUGGAUGACGCGUGGUUUGUCGAGGGGGAUUGUAUGGCGGAUGAAGAUUGGUCCCGACCGCGGCACGGAACCACGCGGAAGACACGUGGAACCAAGAGCGGCUGCCACGUGGCGCUGACCAUCGACGUGGGGUACGGGUUACAGGACGAGCAGGGCGCAGGUGGUGCGGCUUGGGAGGAAGCGGAAGAUAGAACAAGGGAGGGGGAGAGUGGGAUGGUGGGUGCAGAAGGGUGGAAGCAGGGAGAUCAAGGAAACGCAGGAGAAAGAUGGACGAUCAAGAUGAACGUGAAUUGUGUGGCUGUGGUGCCGCCAGCUCACCACCUGGUGGCGUACAGGAGUCCUCGUGGACGUGAACAGUGCGCGUCGCCUGGAAGGAGCUGUGCCCUCAUGGGUGGGUGGGGGCGUGUUGCUGCUGGUGGAGCAAGGCAGUGA